CAUGUUGGAUGUGUCAGUAGUUAGUGUGUUUUGUGUUGAUGUGGCUCAGAGUGAAUCCAGGACAGUUCCAGGACCGUUUCAGAGAACCGAAAUAGGGCGAAGCGGGCCGCAGGCAGAGACAUGGACAACUCCGCUAAAGAGAAGGAGGCGCUGGCUCUGAUGGCAGAGGCCGAGAAGAAAGUCAAAUCCUCGCAGUCCUUCUUCGGCUCGCUGUUCGGAGGUUCUUCAAAGAUGGAAGAUGCCUGUGACACUUACAGCAGAGCAGCCAACAUGUUCAAGAUGGCAAAGAAUUGGAGCGCUGCAGGAAACGCCUUUUCCCAGGCAGCGCUCCUGCACCUGCAGAUGCAGAGUAAGCAUGAUGCAGCAACCAACUUCAUUGAUGCUGGAAAUGCCUUUAAAAAAGCUGACCCUCAAGAGGCUAUAAACUGCUUGAACAGGGCUAUUGAAAUUUACACAGAUAUGGGUCGUUUUACAAUUGCAGCAAAGCAUCACAUCACCAUCGCUGAGAUCUAUGAGACGGAGCUAGUUGACAUUGACAAGGCCAUAGCUCACUAUGAGCAAGCGGCAGAUUAUUACAAAGGAGAAGAGUCCACCAGCUCAGCCAACAAGUGUCUACUCAAGGUUGCCUCCUAUGCUGCUCAGCUGGAGCAGUAUCCAAAGGCGAUCGAAAUAUAUGAACAGGUUGGAACACAUGCGAUGGACAGCACGCUGUUGAAGUACAGUGCCAAGGAUUAUUUCUUCAAGGCGGCUCUUUGUCAUUUCUGUAUCGAUAUGCUUAAUGCCAAGCUAGCUCUACAGAAAUAUGAGGAAAUGUUUCCAGCCUUUUCAGACUCACGUGAAUGCAAAUUGGUUAAGAAACUUUUAGAUGCUUGCGAGGAAGAGAAUGUUGAUGCAUAUACUGAUUCGGUGAAAGAAUUUGACAUGAUUUCUCGACUGGAUCAGUGGCUCACCACCAUGCUGCUGCGCAUCAAGAAAAACAUUAAAGACCCGGACCUUCGCUAACUGUUUCUUUCGCCUUUUCCUGAUGCUUUCCCUUUCCCCUUUUUCUUGUUAUUGUUUAUUCUUAUACACUUUCAUUAUCAUUAUGGUUGAUUUUGAUUUUUUUGGCCUUUUUAUGCUGUUAUUAAGUAGCUCAGUCACUUUGUGCCUUUGUGCAUUUUUUCAACCCAAGGUGCCUCAGUCUUAACUUGGCUCAGGUGUGCACACAGGGCUGUAUUCACUCUCCCAGAACACACUAAGACAUAAAUGACCUCUUUAGAUGAUUAGAUGAGUGCCUUACAACUGAUUCUGAUGUGAUCUGCACACCUUGCAUGAGAAAAGUAAAUGCUGUGAUUUAAUGAUUUGUGUUGAGCAGUUUUAUUACUAUGCACAAGAGGCUAUUUUCUGUUUGUAUCGAUAUAUAGUGUUACAAUCUCAACAUCAUGGAUGCUAUUUUUAUCAGAUCUACCAAUAUAAAGUUCUUGUAAUAACA